UUGUUACAUUUUGCAGCGCUAUUAAUUUCGAGUAUUUUAUACCCAAAUAAUUUUAGAAGUGCUGCUGAUUCUUGUACGGGUUCGAAUCGAGGUUCAAAUCAAAGUAAUCAUGGUGUUGAUGUAGCGGAUGCAGUAAAGGGCUCAGUUGGAAUUCAAAAAGAGUUAAGCUACGUGAAUGAUUAUGGUUAUGUGCAGGGGAAAGUUGGCAGCAGCUACAGGACUGGUGAAAAGAUUGAAUUUGUUGAGAAUAAGAAGAAAGAAGGCUGUGUGAAUGACUGGUCACCAAAAGGUAGCAAAUCCGACCCUUCAAGUUGUAAGGGUAAGGUGGAAGCAAGUCUUCCUUCAGCGAACAAUGAACCUGAUGGUGCUGAGGUUAUUUCGCCACAACCAGAAACUUCUUAUUGUCCUUAUGAAGGAGAGUUGCUAGGGAAUUCUACAGUGGUAGGAACCAUGGUGCUGCACGAAACUAAUCCGUUUGUGGAUUUGAAUACUCGUUGCAGUGAAGAAAGUUCUUCAGCAUUUCCGACAUUCCCUGUACAGAGGGCAGAUUAUUUUUGCCCCUCUUCAACAUCUGCUCAAGGGGUUCUCAGCUCUUCAUUGCAAUCACCUUAUGCACAUCGGAAAGGGUCUUUCGCCUCUAACGCAACGUAUGGUCGCAGUCAGGCAUAUAAUACUCACUGUCUUGAUAGCCACCAAACGGAAACGAAUUUUGAAAAAUUUUGCAACCCACUCAAAACGAACAAAAGGGUGGAGGCUCAGUCGCCAACUUCAUCGAGGAAUCGUUUGUCGUCUGCUGGAAGCUCACAUUCAAGCGACGAUUCGCCACAGAUUGAGGAGAGUGGGGAUAGAAAAUUGCUAAAGGACGCAAGAACAAAGUCUCACGGAGGAAGCUCCAGCAGUAGACGAAAGAAAUUGAGCCAUAUGGAACAAUUUGCUGCCAACCGUGCUUUAUACGGUGAAAAUUUACCUGCAGCUGAUGCUUCCAAAAGUGCAAAGCACUCGCCAUCGCUUAAAAAACAUUCUAGAAAGCAUUCUACUCAAUCCGGAUUUAAAAAGAAUAGUGCCGGACAGCUGGAUUCAUCCAGCUUCGUAAACACUUCAUUUCAAGCUGAGGACUGGGAAAGUAGACCGCUAUCACCCACGAAGCGAGCUCUUCCGCAGCACAGCUAA